CAUGACUUGGUGAUAAAAGUAGUUUAACUAGUGUCAUGCCGGAUUACUUAGGCAAUAUGCUGCACAGGGUCUGAGCGUGCUGAGAUAAGUCAAAGCUUUCCAUUCAAGCUAACCUCACGAGCGUACGCAUAUGAUCACGCUUAAAGAGAGCUUCGACGCAGGCGGUUGUGGAUAGUGCACAGUUUAUAGAGAAGUAAUGGCAUGCUAUUCCAGCAUUCCUUACCUUUGAAAGUGAUACUGUGAGCGGAGUGCUCACUCAUUCGGAACAGCCCAAAUCAGCCGCUCAGCAAGCAGCUUUUAAUUUUUGCAUAGUUACGACGACAACCUAAGGUAGGCCCUAGCAACGCAAGCCAGCAUGAGAGUCUUGCUCCCUCGCCUGCCUGAAGAACUGGCCGUGACUAUCUCACGCCAAUGGCCAUGGAGAGAGCUCCAAAUCCGACAACUCGCGUGCCUGUUAAGUCCCGAUCUUCCAUCUCCGCCAGCCAUCAUAGUCCACGGUCCCCGGGGUUCGGGGAAGUCAAGCAUCCUAAACGCAUUGCUAACUGCGUAUAACGAACUUCCGCCAGUGGGUACGCGAUCUAGUAGUGACAGCGAAGAGUUAGAUGUUAAUGGAGAUGGAGAUGGAAGCCGCUGCGCUAUACUACCUUACGCCGUCGUGAAGUGCGCGGAGUGUAUAACCGUGCGACAUCUACUGGGCAGAAUUGUGGCAGUUGUUAUAUCAGGCGCAUGUGCGUCAGCUUCGUUCCCGGACGAGGAUGCGCGGCGGCGUUUUACGGAAGGUAUCCGCGCCAGAGCUAGGUGUGACCAUAUCAGUUCGCUGCCGGGCGUGCUCAGGGACGUUUUGGAUAGCGCUGGGUGUGAAAAAUUCGUCCUAGUUAUGGAUGGUGUGGAUGGUUUAAGGGAAGGGGGCCAGAUGCUCUUUGCUGCUCUGGGGAGAUUGGCUGAAUUGGUCCCAUCAAUAUGUGUGGUAUUCGUCAUGAGAUCUUCUCCACGACCACUUUUGCUGCAAGUUGCCGGAAUUCCCCAUAUUUAUCAUCCCCCAUAUUCGCGGAACGAGGCCAUUUCGAUACUUGCGGCCUCCCAGCUACCUAAAUUACCCGGAUUACCUACAGAUACCGCAAUGAGAAUAUAUCCACCUUUCAUAUCAACUGUCUAUGACUCUCUCAUUGGACCAACCGCCAGUACCAUUCCAAUUUUCCAAUCUGCGUGCGAGAAACUCUGGCCGCGGUUUGUUUCUCCAAUAACCAACAACGAAAAGCCUCCGGGAUUGAACCCCAGUGCUCAGUGGGACUUUUCUCGACUCCUUGUUAGAAAUAGGGCUUUAUUCCAACACCAGGGUGAAGAGGUGCUGGUCCAUCGCAUCACUACGAAUGAAACACUUAUUUUGGCAAACAACGCAACAACUGUUGCUUCGUCUGUCCCCCUCUCAUCAUCUCCAUUUCCCUCGCUCCCCUACCUCCCAACUUUAGUCCUCACCUCAGCUUUCCUGGCAGCCCACAUCCCGCCCCGGCUCGACACGAUCUUCUUCUCGAAAUUCUCCUCGUCCUCUCUUUCCGCCCGCAACAAGCGUGCCCACCAUCGCAGACGCCUAAAAGUUCUCUCCCAAGCACAAGCCCAAGAGCAAGACCUAGACACCGCAGAAGCCGCAGCAGCUACGCCGUCAAAAUCCCCGGGCGCCAGAAGACGUAAAUCAAAACAUACAAAGAUCACAAAAUCAGCCCUCUCCUCCGCGCUAGCAUCAUCAUCCUCAUCCGGCAAUACUGGCGCAGGUUUCAUAAACCCGCGACCGUUCCCCCUCGAACGCCUCCUCGCCAUCUACCGCGCCAUCGACCCAAACCCACCCGCCGCACCGACUGCGAGCAAACCCAUCGCUGACACGAUAUAUCCAGAGCUAGCCACGCUGCAGCGGUUACGCCUCCUUGUACCUGCCUCGUCGGCAGCGGGCGUAGACGGCGCAGAGAAGUGGUGUCUUAAUGCGAGCGUGGCGGUUAGUUCUAACUCUACGGGCCCGAGCGAGUGGAUUGCGGACAUGGCGAGGGAGAUUGGGGUUGAGGUUGGAGAGUAUUUGGCUGGAGGGCUAGAUUGAAUAGGGAGGGGAGUAGUAGAGGGGGGUAUGAAUUGAAUUCCAUUUUGGGUGAUAUAUAAUUUGGGGGCGUUUAUUGGGACCAUGCCAUACAUACAUGGACGGCAGGAUUAGGUGCAUUUGCGUCAAAAGGUAGUCGUUCUUACUUUUCUUCCCACCUCUAUACCUCAGUAUUCUAUUGAACAACUUGCCAACAUAUAUUUAUACAAUAUAUACAAAUAGACAGGAUAUUCCGAUAUGUUUUAUUAUACCCAUGAAGCUCCAAGUUCCGCGGCUAGGGAAGUACUUUACGAUCAUCCAAAUUCCUCACACAGCUCUUCAACAUCCUCUACUUUCAUCAUGGAUGAAAUUGAAUUGCAUUACAUUAGUUAUUCACUGUUUUCUGUCCUAAAAAGCCCAGAUACCUCCGUUUCCCUUCCCUGGAUGUUUAAUGCAUUUCACUUGGUAGCCUCCCCCGCCCUCUCCUCCUGUCCCCUUCACUCCCUAACAACCACUCCGUCGUAUCCAUUUGCUUAUGGGCACCGCUUGCAAGCAGGCUAUUGUUAAAUCUCAUAUUAGUUUCCUGCAUUUAUGAUGAAAUGAAAAUACUCCAGGAUGGCUCAAUUCUUACAGUAUUAAAUUUAACGGUAGCAAGACAGGCAAGGUCCAAUAAUGGGAUAUCUAUUGUCGCGCAAAAAGAUUUUUUAGCUCUACGAUCCUCAUGUCCACAAAAAUGCGGGACGCUGAAAUCUGUCAGGGGAAGGAAAAUAAACGAAAGACGAAAAAAAAAAAAAAAAAAAAAAAAAAAAAAAAAAAAAAAACCAUA